AUGUUCCAAAUCUUCGCAAUUUUCCUCCUUCCCGCGGCAAUUUUUGGCCGAUGGAAUGUGAACGUGGAUGUGGGUUGUCGGAAUCGAAGUCGAUGGUUGAUCCACGUGGAUUUCUACAAUUCCACAGGUCAUAGGUAUUAUCGAAGUGAGACGAUCAAUCCGCGUUGUAGCAUGUUUCGUAGAUACAAUGAUGUGAUUAUGGGACCCGUUGAGAAGGUGAGCCAUUUUUUCCUCGUUUCAUAUAUCAAACAUUUGCAUCGGAGGAAAAAAGGUGUGCGUGGCCGACUGGUUAGCACGCUCGUCUUUCAUGCGUUAGGUCGUGGGUUCGAUCCCGCCCCGGUGCAAAAUUUUUUUUUUGGAGGGGUACUUUUGGGCCCAAGCCUAGGCUUAUCUAGACUCAUUUUGCUCCAAAAUUUCAGCCCACUAAGAUCACAUUCUAUCACACAUGCAUCAACGGACGUUCUCCGAAAUUCAUGAAAUUCAAAGUUCCCUACUCGAUUUUCGAUUAUGUGAUGACACGAAUGGACGAUUUGGGAGUUCCAGCAAGAGAUGACGAGUGA